CACACAGCCCGGGGAGCGAUCUAUGCAAUAUUGCUAAGGCCUUUGGAUCACAAUGCGUGUGUGUAUUAUAACGGCUGCUGCGCGGUGAGCGCUUUCGCGGUUGUGAAGUCCCUCUCCACUCCAACAUGAACGUUUGUACUUCGUCUUGAACAGCUGCCACGGCUCACUUACGGCCCACGGUCGUCGUCGCCAUGAUCACAAGCACAGUGCUUGAGAACGAAAAUAUACAGCUCGAAGAUGGCCGGAAGCUGUCGUACGCGAUCUACGGCAGCCCUGUGCCCCGCACCACGGUCCUCUACAUGCACGGCUUUCCUUCUUCGCGGUAUGAAGGGAAGUUGUGGCAUUCAGCAUGCACAAAGCACAUGAUACGUCUCAUAGCCCCAGACCGCCCUGGCAUAGGACUCUCGACAUACAAGCCAAACCGCCGUAUCCUUGACUGGCCCGUCGAUGUGCUCGCACUCGCAGACGCUCUCAAGAUAUCGCAGUUCUACAUACUGGGCGUUAGCGGAGGGGCGUCAUACGCGCUGGCAUGCAUGAAGAGAAUACCCAAUUCGAGGUUAUUGGGCGUGAGCAUUGUUAGCGGGAUGUACCCUACAAAGUUUGGUACGGCAGGCAUGAUGCUGCAGUCGCGAAUGCUGUUCUGGCUUGCCCCAUGGCUGACGGGCCUGACCUCGUUCAUAUUUGACACGGGCAUGGGCAAGGCUGCGAGGUGCUCAGAUCCACAGGUCUUCGAGGAUAUACUUGAGCAGGAGAUCGGCAAUCGCCAUUCUGGCGAUCAGAUUGCAAUGAAGGACCCGAAGCACUGGCCGACUUUCGUCAUUAUGAUGCGAGAGACUUUCGCACACGGCAGUCGAGGUGCGAGCUGGGAGGCAAGGUUGAAUGGCAGCGAAUGGGGCUUCGAGCUCACCCAGCUAUAUGUCUGUAGCGAUGUAGGCUGCUCGCUCACGUUGUGGCAUGGCACUGAGGAUGUCAACUGUCCGGCAGCGAUGGCGAAGAAGGCCAAGUCGCUGAUGCCAGAUUCCAAUUUGCAUAUGAUGGAAGGAGAAGGCCACGUGAGCUUCAUCUUCAAAAAGGCGGAUGAAGUUUUGAACGAUCUGAUUGGCAUUGAGGAGGAAGAGGACUACAUCCAAGUAGGGGUCUGACUUGGUAUUCUUUUCAAACCUCCUUGUUCUCGUUAUUAAGCGUUCUGUAUCAUCGAGCAAUGUUAACAUCCGUUCCAUGAU